AUGGGUCUGGAGCUCUUUCUGGACCUGCUGUCCCAACCCUGUCGCGCCGUUUACAUCUUCGCCAAGAGGAACCGUAUCCCCUUCGAGCUGCGCACAGUGGAGCUGCUCAAAGGCCAGCACCACAGCGAUGCCUUCGCCCAGGUGAACCCCAUGAGACAGGUGCCAGCCUUGAAGGACGGGGACUUUACCUUGGCUGAGAGUGUGGCCAUCCUGCUGUAUCUGAGUCGCAAGUACCAGACCCCAGACCACUGGUAUCCCCAGGACCUGCAGACCCGUGCCCGUGUGGAUGAGUACCUGGCGUGGCAGCACACAGCCCUGCGGUACAGCUGUACCCGUGCCCUGUGGCAGAAGGUGAUGUUCCCUGUGUUUCUGGGUGAGCCAGUGCCCCCUGAGAUGCUGGCAGCCACUCUGGCCAAGCUGGACAGGUGUCUGCAGUUGCUCCAGGACAAGUUUCUGCAGGACAAGGCCUUCCUUGCUGGGCCUCACAUCUCCGUGGCUGACUUGGUAGCCAUUACGGAGCUGAUGCAUCCUGUCAGUGCUGGCUGCCGCAUCUUUGAAGGCAGACCCAAGCUGGAUGCCUGGCGCCUGCGUGUGGAGGCUGAGGUGGGGGAGGAGCUCUUCCAGGAGGCCCACGCUCUCAUUCUGAAGGCCAAGGACCUUCCUCCUGCGGAUCCUUCCAUAAAGCAGAAGCUGAGACCCCUGGUACAAGUGCUGUUGCAGUGA